UUUACAAAUGACUCAGAGAACAGGCGCCACUCUGUGUAGCGCAUCCCACGGUUUGUAGAUCAGUGGUGUCAGACACGCAGCAGUGCUCACUUGCGGUGAAACCGAAGGUCACCUCAUCUCAGAAGCUUCUUGUCAACAGGAAUACAGACUCGUCCUGUAACUAUUUGAAAACGCAAUGGACAAUUUUGAAAAUUUCAGUUCGUCGGACAAAGCCGAGGCGGCGGAGCUGCAGCGUAUGAUCGCGAUAGAGCAGCAGAAGGCGCAGUUCCAGGCCCAGGUGCACACCUUCACUGACGUCUGCUGGGACAAGUGUGUGGACAGUCCGGGCUCCAAGCUAGACAACCGGACGGAGACGUGCCUGGUGAGCUGUGUGGAGCGAUUCAUCGACACCACCCUGACCAUCACCAACCGCUUCACACAGAUGGUGCAGAAGGGUGCUCAUUAAUAAUGGACUUACGAUGCCAGUCGGACUGUCUAAUGACAUCAAUAAAAUAUUUAGUGUUCCAAACAUUCUUAUGGAAGAUAAUGUGAAGAAGACAUGUUUUUUACUGCAUAUUCUUUCGAAUGCUGCUUCUGGAAGAUUACAUGGAAACUCUGAAUGGCUGUAGCUGCAAGAUGUACCUGUUUGAAAUGAGGUCAUGUCGUGUGACAUUAGUCAAAUGUUUAUGAUCCUUAUGUCAUUAACAAAAUGGAACAGAUUUCAGUGUCCCAAUCGAAACUGUUAACAGAUCUUGGUUCAGUGUCAAGUUGGAUUUUUCACUUCAGAGGAGCAAAAGUAAUAUCAUUGUACAAGGAGAUGACACGUAUGAGAUGUUUUUCUUUUUUCAUAAAUAGACACCCACAACAACAUUGUUUUCAUAUACAUGUUUAUUAAAUGAUAAAUAAAUUGUGAAACGCAUCAAGGCAUUCAUGAAUAUUCCAUGUUGGAGUUACCCUGACAGAAUACAACUAUAAAUACAUGUUGCUAAUUAAUACAGUAAAGUAUACAAUGCUUUAUAAUACAAAGAAAAACAACAUGGGCCAGUAUGAUAUGAAAAGUACCCAACAGUAUGCAGUCUAGAAUCUCUUGUUGCUGCAGUACUUGUGCAUUAGACGUCUGCUUUGUUAGAUUUACUGUUAAGAGAAUGCCAAAUAUUGAUUUACUGAAGUUAUGUCAUAUGGCUUUGUUAUUGUUGCAAUAAAACUUCAUCUAAAAUCAUAAAA